UUUUGCUUGGAAUAUGUGUCAAGUGUCAAGUUAAAUUACACUUUAUUACACAUAAGAAACGCACCAAGCUCUAUAAAAUUCUGAAGCUGCAGGAAAAAGCCCAUUCGUCAGCAGUGCAAUAAAAUUUAGAGAGUGACACACACAGAGGGAUAAAUACUUGAUUGCGAACAGUAAUGCCGCACUUCGACCUUAAUAACCAUCCUUAUCGCAGGCGAAUUUUCCUGUACCGGAACCUGAAUCUCGGUCACCCCCAGGCAGGUGACUUCUCGGAGGAGGAGGAUCCUCGGCAACGGGGAAUCCUGCGGAACACCAGCUGUCGGCGGUAUCGCGAACGGCUUCGCUCCAGCCGCCAGUCGCAGCUCCUCCAAGGAGUUGCCAUCUUGGCAUCGGUGAUCGUGGUCCUCAUCCUAAUGCUCUUCCUCGGAAUGAAGAUGUCCACCGAGCAGAUGGAUAUGCCCCCGCCUCGGGAGGAAGGCCUCUGGAUGGGCGCCCUAAGACUGUUGGGUUUGGAGCAGGAAGAUCAGCUAACAGGGGAGUCCUAUGGGCAUCAGGAUGGAUUGUGCAGUUCGAAGGUCCUGGACCUGCGGCGGAUUUUCCGGCACAUGGGCAGGGUGGUUCUCAACCAGGAGCAGGCCUUGGCUCGCAUGGAGAGGGCUCUGGGAGGCUCGGGGCUCUUCCGAUCGGUGGCUCUUUUGGGACCGCCGGGAGUGGGCAAGACACUGGCGGCGAAUACCCUGCGAAACGCUUUUCCCUGGCGGGAAAACGCCCACUCGUACUCCUGGAGCACCCAAGUGCCGGACGAGGCGAGCAGGGUCCGCCUGGUGAGGCAGUUCGCCAACGGACUGUCCGACUGCGGGGUCAGCCUGCUGAUCAUCGACGACCUGGCGACCUGCGACCACGGGCUGGUGCCCAUCUACAAUCGGCUGAUACUGGAGCGCGAAGGCGGCCCCAACCGGAAUCAAACGGUCCUGGUCAUCUACAUUUUCAACCUGGAGGCUGAUGUGUACUGGGAGCAGUUCGAGCUGCUGCAGGAACUUCCCGCGGAGACCACCAUCGUUAACUUUCGCUUCUUCAACCAGGACGACCUGAGGGAUUGCCUGGCCAGUGAGUUGAAGAGCAAGCAGCGGGUCCUCAGCAGGGAGAUGGAGUCCCUGGUGCUCGAGGAGGCCAUGGAGAAACUCCACAGCUCCGGGUGCAAGAGCCUGCGACAGCUGGUGCUGAGAAACGGAGUCAUAACAUAAUACUACUGAGGGGCACCUGUGACCCCUCAUAUCAAACUUUCUCCUUUGGCAAUGUUUCAAAAAUGUGUUUUUCGUUUAUUUCUAGUAACUUGUUACAGAUUUUAUGGCCAAGUUUCCUUAACUCCUCUUUGAAGAGAGUAAUUUAUAAAAUAUCUAUUAGGCAUUAUCAUCCGUUAGUAAAGGAACAAAUCAAAAUGUCGCGUCGCAUGUUAUGUACUGAUCA